AUGAAUCACCGAUUAUAUAUAGCUAAUCGCCGUAAUGUGUGGUCAAUCGACACAAUCGAGAAACGAUACGGUAGGCCCAUGACGCUCACGGAUUACGCGGCGUUUCUCCCAGAGAAUUUCACGCGCCUAUCCGCCGCGUAUCGAAGACCCUCGGGCGAUCUCGCGCUAUUCGCGGACGAUUCGAUCUACCUCGCGGAAUAUCCCGGUCUUAAGCUAAAAUCGGGUUGGCCGAGAUAUCUCCACGAUAUCGGACUUCCUCGAAAUGUUAAGAUUAACGCUGCGAUAAACACGCACACGGGACGAACCUACGCGAUCUACGACGACGACAAGGUAGCGGAGAUUGACGAGUGCCGCAUGAUAGUCAUUAGAAACGCUCCAUUAAAAGAUAUAUUUCCCGGAAUACCACCCGCGAUAACGUCAGCCUUUCGAUAUAUCGACGGCAAUCUAUAUUUUUUCGCCAAACGUCAAUUUUACGCCUUUAACGAAUUUACGAAUAUCGUAACUUCGGUGAGUCCUUUCGAUCUACACGCGUUCGGUAUCGAGUAUCCUACGGAUGGGCUGCUAAGACAAUUGCGCGAUUUCCUAAGUCGCGUUUAUCGUCUCAGCGACGCGACCGAGAGAGAGAGAAUCGACGAGGAGGACGACUAG